UCACGAGCUAAGAAAAACCGCACAAUGCAUUUUGUGACGAUGCAUUUUCCAGCUAAUACAAGAGAGUUUUUAAGUAGUUUAUUUACAGUACUCAGUCGCUUUGGUACAUUUCUCAGAUCAGAAUUGAAAUUCUCAAAACUACCUGUUCAAUCUUCAAAUCAUUGUGUCACUUGUGCACAUCAAAAAAGCAGUUUUUCAUUUCUUUGAACAAGUUGCAAAUGCUUUGGUACAUCCAUACAUGCUCCCAGGUGAAUCUUGACUUUCUCUAACGAAUCAAUCAACUGGCAAGUAUAUAUAUAACCGGAGCACAACACAAUGUUACAAUUUCUGACAAUGGAAGGACAAAGAAUUGGACAGGGUCAACAGCCAGGGAGAAGAAGAAGAGGCAAAACAGAGGAAGAGGCAGAAGAAGCCGAGGACAUAUGCGCGUUCCUGAUGAGAUAAGAGCCACACUUGUAGACCGUGUUCUCAAUCAUGGGCUUACAAUGGCCGAGGCUGGUCGAAGGGUGCAGCCAAAUGUUGGGAGAACAACUGUGUCCUCAAUCAUUCAGACUUUUCGUCAACAGAACAGGCCUGCAAGACAACUUCACAGGGGUGGCAGAGGGCCCCUUUUCACACCUGAACAGGAGGAGGCUAUUUGCACCAUGGUUGUAGAUAACAAUGCCAUAAGACUAAGGGAGAUACAGAGUGCCAUUAUAGAGGACAACAGCAUAUUUGAUAACAUCCAAACAGUCAGCAUCUCAACCACUGACAGCGUGCUGAAAAGACACCAAAUUAAUAUGAAGCAGCUGUACACCGUUCCAUUUGAAAGAAAUGGUGAAAGAGUGAAGGUGCUGCGCUACCAGUAUGUAAAGCGUAUAAUGGAACUGGAAGCAAGUGAACCACCGCACAGCUUCAUCUACAUGGAUGAGGCUGGCUUCAACCUAACGAAACGCAGAAGGCGUGGUCGAAAUAUCAUCGGCCACAGAGCUACAGUUGAUGUGCCAGGCCAACGGGGCGGGAACAUAACCAUGGGUGCUGCUAUCUCUAAGAAUGGUGUGCUAACGCAUAUUCUCAUUAUUGGGCCAUACAAUACAGAGCGUCUUGUCACCUUUUUAGACACUCUCUACAGGGAUCCCAUCCCUGAAGAAGAGAGGGGUCAGAUUGGAGAUGACCUGCCAAGGUACGUGAUAGUUUGGGACAAUGUCAGUUUCCAUCGCUCCAACGUCAUCAGGCAAUGGUUUGCGGCCCAGAAUAGGAUGCUGAUGGAGUUCCUCUCACCCUACUCCCCAUUCCGUAAUCCCAUUGAGGAAAUUUUCUCAGCAUGGAGAUGGAAAGUAUAUGAUCGCCAUCCACAUACACAGACGACCAUUCUGGCUGCCAUGGAUGCAGCGUGUGAUGACAUCACAGCAGAUGCCUGCAGAGGCUGGAUAAGACACUGUAAAAGAUUUUUCCACGCUGCAUCGCAAGAGAAGAUAUUCGUUGUGAUGUGGAUGAGAAUUUGUGGCCCAACCGACAGGAACGUCAGGAGGUGUAGGAAGACUGCACUGUAAUUCCUACAGCACUGCAUGUACAGUUUUCCCUAAGGAGACUGUCCUAUGUUCACAUUUCUACUUUUGUUUUUUUUGUUUUUUUUCUUUGUGCUACGCAGUGCUGUCUUUUCCUUUCUGUACCACAAUGACAUGGUCUGUCAACACACUACAGUACAAACAGUAAAAGUUUAAAUGUGAAUCUUGUCCAGUCUCUUGCAAUCAAACUCCCACAUACACUAAGGUGUAACCUACAAUUUACAAUAAUUGUCAUCAAAACUUUGGCCAUAGUUUACAUCAGAACAUCCCUCCAGAGUACACUGUUAUAUUGACAACAUGACUAAGCAAUUUGACUGUCUUAUCCUUAUACUAUGACACAAGGACUUGUAAUUCU